AUGUCGAGGACAAUUGCUUAUCAGAAGAGAAUAGCUGUAAUACAAAGCCAAGCAGAAUCCGGGCCCUCGAUUUCCAUACCAACCUUCCUCUCCCCUCCUCCCUCCUCCCCUCCUCCCUCUCUACUCACCUGCAACAAUCUCAAAAGGGAUCCCCCCUACUGCAAUGCGGCAGCACAUGCCCUAACGACCCCGAACUCUGGCUUCCCAUCGCCGACCACGAGCACCUCCACCCGACUACACGCCCUCCUUCCCGCCGAACCUGCACCCCGCGGACCCCGAGCGCAAAGACUCGGUGCUGCACCCGCGCGUCGCCGUCUUGCUAGGAGUCGAGAAGCACUGGCACUUCCCGCUGCUGUUCUGCAGGGCGCUGAGCACGGCGCCGGCGGCAUGGUGGGGCUUACGAUGUGCGCUUACGUUUAUGGGGGAGCUGUUGCUGGAGGAGGAGGUUGGCAGUGCGGGACAUUGGAGUGUGGAGAGACGGUUUAG